AUGGAAGAGUGUUCCCUUUGUCCGUUAGAUCAUAUAUCAUUGAGGGGUAUCAAAAUUUGUGAAGAAAUUUCAUCCAAAGAUCUUUUAGUCGACAUGCUAAUUCAAGAGGCAAGGUCUGCUAAUAAUAUUGAGUUGUCUGAUGUCCUGUCUAAUUUUCUUCU